AUGUAUGCUUACGCCGCUCCUUCUUACUCUACGAUCCUUUUUGGCCACUCCAUUGCUGGAGUCAUGUUUUUGUGCGUUGUCUUUACGCUGGUCGUCAUCAGCCUCGUACCGCUGGUCUUCCCGAGCGAGUUCCGCAAGCUUAUCUCAUCGGACGAGGGUUAUUUCGCUGAGUUGUACGACGGCGUGAUGGUAUUAUUCACCCUGGAGUAUCUCCUAAAGCUGUUUUGCGCCCCUUUCUGCAGAAGCUUACUGCGAGAUGAGCGCAUGCUACUGAAAGUCGUCGUUCCUCAGUACAGUCCAAACGCUCCUGUACCAGAGGAGAAUAUGAGCCAUCGAUUGGUGGCGUUCGUUGCGGACCCUUCGCAAAUUAUCGAUCUCUUUGCUGUUAUUCCUUUCUGGCUAUGGAAGGCCCAUUCUGUCAUUCAAUUCAACCUCAACCUCACCGUAUUUCGCAUGCUGCGGUUAACGAGAGUAUUCCGUGUGAUCAAACUUAUCAAUUUCAGCGCAGAGGCACAUAUGAUUGGAAGCACACUCGCUCGCAGCGGCAGAGAGUUACUUGUAAUAGUUGUGUAUUUGUUGGUGAUGUCCUUGAUCGUGGCUGGCUUGAUCUACCAGUUCGAGGUCAUGGAGAGCCACCACCGCCGGCCCCCACACGACGAUGAGGACAUGAUAGACGAGAACGUGCGUCUCCUCAGCUGGGCGGCGGCGCUGCUGACCAACACACAGGACAGCUUGGCGUUGGCCGGCCACUACCCAACGCUGUUGGCGGGCCAGCUUAUCGUUCGCUGCGUUGGGCUGGUCAAGUGCUUCGUGUUCUUGUUGCCAUUGGGGGCCAUGUCUGCGCAGUAUAAGGCCCUUUGGGAAGACCACAUGGAGACGAGAAAGUUGAAACGAAGCGUCAAGCGAGACGAACGCACGUCUGUAGACUCCGACUGGAUGCUGGAUGCUGACCAGCCUUGGGGCCGCGUCGAGGUCGUCGGACACGACCAGGACGGCAUUGUGGGCGCAGGCUAUUUCAACGUGCCUCUGCUGCAGGCCACGCCUGUCGAGGCGACGCUGUGCAAGGUGCAGGUUCGAGGCCGUGGUCUGCUGGACCACCCCUGGAAGUGGCCGCGGACGCGCCCCGAAGUGCAGCUGAUCGUCCAAUGGAGGCCUGCAGUGUCCGCCGCGGCCCUCCUGAGCGGCGAGCUUGGCAUCACGCUGCUGCAGGGCUUCGGCUUCCCUGCGUCGCGCAGCGGGAAGUGGCGCUGCCUGCUGCACCUGCCCACUGGACUGUGCAGCGACGGCACCGGGAGGGCCAUGGAGACUUGGGAGACUGACUGGAGCUUCGGCAGCGGCCGCGCACCCGUGUGGAGACCCCGCGGCCAUGGCACGGAGACGGGCGGCGCGGGGGCGUGCGGCUGCACCCGCAGCUUCGUCGUCGAGUGGAGGGCGCGCGAGAAGGAACAGGACGAGCGGGACGUGCGGUGCGCGGCCGUGCCCGACCAGGCGGCGCUGAAGCAGCAGCUGCUUGGGCAGCUGCAGCAGCAGACCAGGCGCCUGUCGGCGCUGCAGCGCCGGAGAUCGUGCGUUCGGGCGCGCACCUGA